GUACAGCUGGCUCUGUCCAGGAAACCUCUGCCUGCUCGAGUAAGGAUUUAAAACAAGGGACACUUUGGACACUUGGAUGUAAGAGUAAAACUUUUUUCUGUGAAGUUUUGUGAAUUGUCGCUUUGAGACGACAGUGGCUUCAUAAAGCACGAGGCAUCGGGAGUUUGAAGGAAAUAUUCUGUGGAGAGACUGACAGAGAGGGAGGUUUGGGAUGCUGGUUCCCUGCGCGCUCCGCUCCUUGCUGUGCGUACUAAGCUGCGCAUGGCUGCACACCGGAGCGGCUUCACGGCUCAAGUCUCCAGCUCUGCCCAUCCAGUCAGAGAGGGAGCCGCUGCCCUCCAAAGGCUUGGCUGGAUGUUCGUUUGGAGGCCGGUUCUACUCUCUGGAGGACACAUGGCACCCAGAUCUCGGAGAGCCGUUCGGUGUCAUGCACUGUGUUCAGUGCCACUGCGAACCGCAAAAGACUCGUCGUAGCAAGGUGUUCGGGAAGGUGAACUGCAAGAACGUCAAGCAGGACUGUCCAGAACUGGACUGUGAUGAUCCCAUCCUGCUGCCUGGGCACUGCUGUAAAACCUGCCCCAAAGGUGGUGAUGAUAAGAGACCCUCAGACCCUGUGCUGGACAGCUUCGAGUAUUUCCACGAAAAGGGGAAAGAGAAGGAGGGAGACCUGCACAAAUCCUACAACGACAGAUCCUACCUGAGCUCAGAGGAGACCAGCCUUGGGGAGAGCCGCACCGACUUUGUGGCAGUGCUGACAGGGGUGACUGACUCAUGGCUGCCCAGCUCCAGCGGUGUUGCCAGAGCUCGUUUCUCUCUGACAAGAACCAGCCUGGCGUUCUCCAUCACAUACCAGAGAAUGAGCCGCCCAAACAGAAUUGUCUUCUUGGACCCAGAUGGGACCAUUACGUUUGAGUACAGAGUCCCGAAAGGAGACUCGGACAUGGUUUGUGGAGUAUGGAAGAACCUGCCGAAGCCUCUCCUACGGCAGCUGCAGUCCGAGCAAAUGCGCAUCAGCAUGACCACAUCGCCGACAAGACGAGAGGAAGUGGAGGGGAAGAUCAUCAAACACAGAGCCUUGUUUGCUGAGACGUUCAGUGCGACGCUGACAUCCGAGGAGGAGAGCUCGGGGAUGGGAGGCAUCGCCAUGUUGACGCUGAGUGACACAGAGAACAACCUGCACUUCAUCCUCAUCCUUCAGGGCCUCGUCAAACACAAAGACAUAGAGCCCCUGGUAGUGCCGAUACGAGUCCAGCUUGUGUACCGGCAGCACACCCUGAGAGAGAUCCGAGCCAACAUCACCUCUCACGAUCCAGACUUUGCAGAGGUGCUGACAGACCUGAAUAGCCGGGAACUGUUUUGGUUAUCUCGUGGCCAGCUGGAGAUCGCAGUGGCAACAGAGGGUCAGGAUCCACGACAAAUCUCUGGCUUCAUCAGCGGCAGGAAAUCAUGUGACACUAUACAGAGUGUGAUGUCCAGCGGUGAUGCAUUGACCCCGGGGAAGACAGGAGGAGUGGGAUCCGCCGUCUUUAACCUUUAUGAUAACGGCACAUUGGACUACCAGGUUCAGGUCGCAGGUCUCAGCAGUGAAUUUGUCGGCCUCACCAUCGAGUUGAAGCCGCGGCGGCGAAACAAGCGCUCAGUGCUGUACGACCUGACUCCAGAGUACAACAAGGAAACAGGCCGCGCGAACGGCAGCUGGAACCGUCUGGAGGCGCGCCACAUCCACAUGCUGCUGCAGAACGAGCUGUUCAUCAAUGUCGCCACAACGCACAGCCAGGACGGAGAGCUGAGGGGGCAGAUUAAAGCCAUGCUCUACAGCGGCCUGGAGACACCCAGACAUGAGCUUCCCACUCCUCUGGCCGGGCACUUUGUGGCUCCACCAGUAAAAACGGGAGCCUCAGGCCACGCCUGGGUGUCAGUGGACAAACAGUGUCACCUGCAUUAUGAGAUCGUGGUUGCGGGCCUCAGCAGGGCCGACGACCUCACCGUGAACGCCCACCUGCACGGCCUGGCAGAGAUCGGGGAAAUAGACGACAGCAUCACCACGCACAAGAGGCUGCUGACCGGCUUCUACGGCUCACAGGCUCAGGGAGUUUUAAAGGACAUCAGUGUUGAAUUACUGCAACACCUGAACCAGGGAACCGCCUUCAUCCAGGUCAGCACCAAGAUGAACCCGCGAGGAGAAAUACGAGGACGGGUCCAUGUGGAAAACAACUGUGAGUUAGGGACCAGAGGAGACGCAGAGGAGGCGGAGUUUGAUGAUCUCUUUGUGAAGGAUCCUGAGGAGCUGAAGAAAGACCCCCAUACCUGCUUCUUUGAGAACCAGCACCAUGCCCAUGGCUCCAACUGGACCCCGAACUACGACAGGUGUUUCUCCUGCAGCUGCCAGAAGAGAACUGUGAUCUGUGAUCCGGUCAUCUGUCCUGUGUUGACCUGCUCCAGAACCAUUCAGCCUGAGGACAAGUGCUGCCCAGUCUGUGAUGAGAGGAAGGAGCCCAAGGACAUGAAAGCUCCAGAGAGGGUAGAAGAAAAUCCUGAGGGUUGUUACUUUGAAGGAGACCAGAAGAUGCACGCCCCAGGAACCACAUGGCAUCCCUUCGUUCCUCCCUUUGGCUACAUUAAAUGUGCUGUCUGUACUUGCAAGGGGUCUUCGGGGGAGGUCCACUGUGAGAAGGUGACGUGUCCGGUGUUGACCUGCAGUCACCCUGUGAGGCGUAAUCCCUCGGACUGCUGUAAAGAGUGUCCGGAGGAGGAGAGGACUCCUGCAGGGCUGGAGCACGGGGACAUGAUGCAGGCAGACGGCCCGCGGCACUGCAAGUUCGGCAAAAACUAUUACCAGAACAGUGACAACUGGCAUCCCUGGGUACCACUGGUCGGGGAGAUGAAAUGCAUCAACUGCUGGUGUGAUCACGGUGUGACUAAGUGUCAGAGGAAGCAGUGUCCAGUCAUCACCUGCACCAACCUCUCCCGCAGAGAGGGUGCCUGCUGUCCCGAAUGUCUCGAUUCCAAAGAGGAAGCGGACCAGAUGAUGAAAGCUCCAGACAAAAGACGAACCUUGAGACACUGAUCCGUGGGGACCCGCGGUAACAACACCAAACCCUCCUCUGCCCUUUUAAACUCCGCCCCCUCUCCAUGGACCCAAAUCCAGAGCUGCACACUGGGUCCCUAG